CUCGCUUUCUGUCCCGGCGCGCAGCUCGUCUGUCUCAUAUUGACUUUGCAUACGCCAGACCAUACGCCAUAUCGUGACGCGUGUGCGCUCGAGCUCCAGCAACUCUCCGGACGGUGACACAUCGACAUCACCGACUGAAUCGUCCAAGCCGAAAUCGACCAUGGGUUACAAGAUUGGAGGGGCCCUGCUUGUCCUCGGACUCGCUGUACUCGGCAUCGCUCGUGCUCAGAACAACGGUCCGUGCCGCAAUCCGAACAACGAGAUCGGCGAGUGCAUCAAUCUUAAGCAGUGUCCGCCUUUGAUUGCUAUUCUCACAGCGCAGCCACGUGAUCCUGCUGGAAUCCAGUUCUUGCAGAGGAGUCAGUGCGGCUUCGAAGGCCGCGACCCAAUGGUCUGCUGCGUCCAGGGCAGUGCUACCCGCACCACCCCUGGUGGCAACAAUGGUGCUUUCACCAGCCCCGUGACCGAACGUACCCCUCAAGUGCCCAGUAGCAACUUGCUGCCCACGGACUGUGGUCGCGACUUGUCAAAUCGUAUCGUCGGAGGCAAUGCAACCGAGCUCGAUGAGUUUCCCUGGAUGGCGCUUCUCGAGUACCGCAAGCCGAGCGGUAAGACUACAGCCUGUGGUGGAGCCUUGAUCAGUAAGCGCUACAUUCUUACGGCUGCUCACUGUCUCAAGGGUCGCUCGCUGCCGAGUACCUGGACCCUGCAAUCCGUUCGUCUGGGCGAGUACAACACUGCGACUAAUCCUGACUGCAUCCCCGACGGCAGCGAUGGCUUCGUCUGCGCCGACGAGCCCAUAAACGUCGGCAUCGACGAGCAGAUUGUCCACGAGGACUACGCUCCGUACUCCAACGAUCAACGCUACGAUAUAGCCUUACUGCGUCUGUCGCGCGACGUAGCCUUCACCAACUACAUCAAGCCGAUCUGUCUGCCCACGAGCUCGGAUAUCGGGCAGAAGCUUACCGUUGCCGGCUGGGGCAAGACCGAGACUCGCUCCGAGUCUGAUGUCAAGCUCAAGGUCAACGUGCCUCUGGUAGACAAGCAGGCCUGCGGUAGCCGGUACAGUAACGCAGGCGUAAGCCUCGGUGAGGGACAAAUCUGCGCGGGUGGCGUGAAGGGCAGAGACUCGUGCCGAGGUGACUCUGGCGGACCCCUCAUGCAGCAGGACAGACUGCCAGACGGCACUCUCAGGUGGAGCGAAGCCGGAGUUGUCUCCUUCGGUCCGUCACCCUGUGGUAUGGAAGGCUGGCCUGGCGUUUACACCAAGGUCUACGAUUACAUGCCCUGGAUUAUAAGCAAACUCAGGCCUUAAUUUGUUUCUAUGACUGUGUGUUAUUGGUUUCUUGUUUAUUAUGAUUUUGUUUGUUUUUUGCGAGUUGAUCUGUUGUAUUUUUUUUGUGAAGAUUACAAUUGAGUGCCAAAACUGACGCAUACGAAAUUUUCGAAGAAGGACAAAGAAAAUGAUUUUAUUUCUUUCUAGGCUACUAAACGUUUUAAUCUGAAAAAUUAUAAUGUAACAUAUCUAACUGUGUUGGGAGAUAUGAAGAAAAAAAAAUGAAAAAUAUGAUGAUAAUAAAUUUUAUGAUUCUUC